AUGUCGUCCACGACGAAAGAAGAAGGAACGACGUAUUCGCGGUUGAAAGAAAAACUCGCUGAAAUCGAUUGCUUGUCCUCGUUGGCGGGUUUAGCCGGGUGGGACGAAUUGACGAUGAUGCCGAGUGGAGAACACGCGGCUUUGUUGCGUUCGAAAGCGUCCGCGGUAUUAGCAGGGGUUAUUCAUCAGAAAUCUAUCGAUUCAGAAUUAGGGAAACUCAUCGCGAACAGUCAACCUUCACGUCCGAAAGAUAUCGCGAACGUGAAAAGAGCGAAAGAGGAGUACGAACGGUCGGCGAAAAUUCCAAGCGAUAUGGCGAAGAAAGCGGCGGAGUUACAAUCCGAGGGGUACCAAAUUUGGGUGAAGGCGAGAACGGCGAAGGAUUUCCAGACGUUUUCGCCGAUAUUGAAAGAGUGGGUUGAUCUCGUGAAACGCAGGUGCGAGUUGAUCAAACCCGGGGAGGAUGCGUUUAACACGAGUUUAGACGAGUACGAGAGAGGAAUGACCGCAGAGCGUCUCAAUGAGAUAUUUCCUGUCGUGAAGACGUGCGUCGUGGAUUUGAUUCAAAAAGUGUACGCGAAAGAGUCGCCGGUGGCGUUGAAAAAAGGCGAAAACGUGGUGAGCAAUGGCACUUUUGACGUGGAUACGCAGGCAAAGUUAUCGAAGGAGAUCGCGUUAAAGCUUGGGUUUGAUUUAGAAAAAGGGAGAUUGGAUGUUUCCGUGCAUCCGUUUACGGGAGGCUGCGGUCCCGGAGACGUACGAAUGACCACGCGAUACAAAGAAAACGAUUUGUCGGAAGGUUUGACCGGGACGAUUCACGAAACCGGGCACGCUUUGUACGAACAAGGAAGAAACGUGACGGAAUACGCGAAUCAACCCGUAUCGCGCGCGCACUCGAUGGGCGUCCACGAAUCGCAAUCGUUGUUGUGGGAACGCAUGGUCGCGUUAUCGCCGUCUUUUUCCACGUUUCUUUUGCCGGAAUUGAAGAAGUCGUUCCCGAAAGAAUUUGAAAACGUGACCGAAGCACAGUUGCACGCGUCUUUGAACGUCGUGAGAAACCCGUCGGUGAUUCGAGUGGAAGCGGACGAGUUGACGUACCCGUUGCACAUUUUGUUGCGAACGGAGUUGGAAAUUGGUUUGAUGCGCGGCGAAAUCGCCGUGGACGAUUUACCAAAACUUUGGAACGAGAAAAUGAAACAAUAUUUGAACGUGGACAUCGAAGACGAUUCGCGAGGCGUUUUACAAGACGUCCACUGGUCGUCUGGCGCGUUCGGAUACUUUCCAACGUAUCUGUUGGGUGCAAUGUACGCGUGUCAAAUCUUCGAAGCGGCGAAGAAAGCUUUGCCGACGUUGGAGGACGACAUCGCAAAAGGCACGUUCGCGCCGCUUCGCGAAUGGUUGCGCGUAAACGUCCACGAUCGAGGCAGUGAAUGCGAUUCCGCGGAUGACUUGUUGGUUUUAGUCACGGGCAAGCCGCUCGAUGCGGAAGCGUUCACGAAAUACUUGACGGAAAAGUAUACCAAGUUGUAUAAUCUCUAA